AUGGAGACUGCGCGAGCAGCUCACGAAAGCAAAUUCGCGACCUUCAGACACAACAGGGAGACAAAAUUCCACCAACAACCGCCAAAGACACUGUAUCAGCUUGGAUUGACGUUGUGCUGGCAAUCUGGUCUUCAAGAUCGAGAAGAAAAAGACCAAUCGCUAGUCCUCAUUGAUGUAUGCAGCUCCUACGUGGGUGUCUACGUCGAAUUCGAAUAUACGCGCCACGUCACUCCACCUACAAACAACGCACAUGAGACACGAAUGAUGGAGUGGCUCUGUGAAAACACACCCGCCGUGGAUACAUCAUUGCUUCCUGCGUACGGCUGCCGAAAGUACCAGACCGAAAAAGAGAAAUGGCUAAAAGAGUAA